GCUAAACAUGCUAAUGUAAACUAUUUUAAUCUAGGUAACCAACUACCAGCAGAAAGAGUUCGUUUUAUUCUGGGAGGUGAAGAAAAUGAUGUUGAACAUCAGAUAUUUACUGAAAUGGAUGAAUUAUACUGUGAUGCAAGUGGUGUAGAAGAGUGGAAGGAGACGGCAAGAUGGUUAAAAUUUGAAGAAGAUGUGGAAGAAGGUGGCAAUCGAUGGAGUAAACCUCAUGUGGCCACUUUAUCUUUGUAUAGUUUAUUUGAACUCCGAAGUUGUGUUCUCAAUGGAACUGUGUUACUUGAUUUGAAUGCAAGCACAGUAUCACAGAUAGCAGGUAAAGGGACAACUGUCUUACACCCAGGGUAGUGGCAAACACUUUGUGAAUUUAGGUGGCCAACGUAUUUGGGCCAUGUUACAUGAGGCAAUUUUGUGUGCAGCUUGUAACAAAAAAAAUAAUUUAGGUGAUUGCAGUGAGAUGUCAGACAAGUACAAGUUGCUUUGCAACCUGCAGUGUAGUUAUAUUUUUGUUGGGAGAAUUUGGUCUGAUUGCAGCCUAACCUGUUUUGCGAUUGCUUGAUUUAAAAAUAAACUUGAGAUAAUUUGCAGCAGUGUUAGACACUGCGACUUCUUGUACAUCUCAGCGAAAAGUAGAAGCUUGUUUAACCAUUGCACUUGUACCACUUGCAUCACAGUUGUAAUUGACCAGCAGGUUUAGGCGAGGGCUACAAAUGUGAUUUUUGCUUGUGAUGGUGAUCAAUGCAAUGGGUCAAAUUUCAUUGUGUUACUAUUAAUCUCAGAAACAAAGCAACCUCAUGGGUACUUCUCAAGUAAAGCAAUUUUUAUUAUGUUACUAAAAAUAGAAUCUUCAGACAAUAAAAUUGUAUAUACGGUAACAAUUUUGACACUUUUGUUAAAUACGUUUGUUCAUUCCAACAGGCAAUAUUGCUUAUAUAUAACACAAUUCAUUUACAUUGCAAUUUACAGCAAAAAUUCACUCAUGGCAAUUGCCCUCGUCGGGGGGGGGGAGUUCAGUUCCCAAUGACAUGUGCCGUAAAAUAAUUGAGAAAAUACUUGCUACCGUUGCUGAAAUAUAGUAUGGUAUUGCGAUCUGUCAGAUCUUCACACUUGUUUUCUGAUCAUACGUCUAAAGCUUAGAUCUUUCUGCCCACUACAGAGCAGUAAACAUAAUGAAAAUUCAAACGUGUUUUGUUAUUAUAGAUAUUGUACUUGAUGAUUUGGUUGCUUCAAGGCAGCUUGAUGUUGGCUUGCGACCUCGACUACGAGAUCUUUUGUUAAAAAAACACAGACAUUUAUAUGAAAGAAGGAAAAGCACUCAGAGAAAGAAGUCGGGUCUUCCAUCAUUACGGGGAUCAAAGAAAGCAAGUAAUUUGGAUAAAGGUACAUAUAUUUCAUGCACAUUAUAAUGUUGGUAGUACAUAUGAAAACUCUGAAGUCUUAACCAUUUCCUGCCACUCUGAUUUGAGUUUUUGGCCAUGACUGGAACCAUUGCAGACACUUCGUGAAGUACUGGGGUAUAAAUUUAGGUAAUCAACAUAUUAUCACACUUGUUGCAAAUCUUAGUCAAAAUGUAAUGAAAUAUUGCUCAAAUUGCACGAGAAACCAUACUAUUUCUUAUUUUAAAAUAAUAUACAUGAAAAAAUUAUGCAGUCACAUGCGUGCGCAGGUCACAUGCGAAAUAGUUAAUUUUAAUAUAAAUAAUUUUAAUAGAGCCAUUUUUAUCACUUUUAAAUGUUUGCGUUUUUUGUAUUAUUUUCUGCUAGAAAUGGC